AUGGGUGAACUCAGAGUGGACGUAGAUGCAUCCGCCCAAGGGAAUCAACAAGCAACCUGUGGAGGUGUAGUUCGUGAUCACCGAGGGAAGUGGGUUAUAGGAUUCGCAAGGAAGCUUGGAAACUACCUAGUUGUUGCUGCUGAAAUCUUAGCUAUUAAAGUUGGGAUGGAGGUAUGCAAGAGCCUCAAUAUAAGAGACUUUCAGAUACACUCAGACUCAUUGGAAGCAAUUUCCACUCUGGUGAGAGAUAGUGGCAUUAACCAUCCAUUCAGACAAGAGAUUGAAGAGACAAGGAAGCUCAUCUAUGAAGAGUAG